GCGGCGAGUUAUAAAAUCUUGGAACUGGAGCUAUGUUGCAAUUCUCCAGAACUCACGACUCAAGAAAGGGGUGUGUGGACUGUGUACUUCCCGUCGGCGCAUCUCUCAUCGACAAAUCUUCCAUUUCUCUGAUACGUGUGGAAGAACAGUGACGAAGAGGAGUUCAUGGCGUCAAAGUUGCAACAAAUACAAUCGAAGGCUGUUCAAGCUUCUAAGUUUGUGUCCAAGCAUGGAAGUGCCUACUACAAGCAGUUAUUGGAGCAGAACAAGAAAUAUAUCCAAGAGCCACCCACCAUUGAGAAAUGUGACUUAUUGUCAAAACAGCUAUUUUACACCCGUCUUGCAAGUAUUCCCGGUCGUACUGAGUCCUUCUGGAAAGAACUUGAUUAUGUCAAGCAACUUUGGAAGCAUAGGCAGGAACUGAAGGUCGAGGAUGUUGGCAUUGCUGCUUUGUUCGGGCUGGAGUGCUAUGCCUGGUAUUGUGCUGGUGAAAUAGUUGGGAGAGGAUUUAAAAUCACCGGCUACCAAGUCUAAGCAAGACCUCCCUCCUUGAGAGAAACUAGUUGUGGUCUUUCAUUUAUAAAUCUCUCAUUAAUAGGGUGUUUUUUUCUGUUACUGACCUUAUUCUACAUGCAAAAUUUUGUUUUUUCUUUGAAGGUUUUGAAGCUGAAAAGCUGACGAGUCAGCAUGACAAGUAACAAGUGGUAAAAUCAAUAAUCCACCAAGUUGGCAUUUUCUUGUUUCUA